AUGUCGCUUAUGUAGCAACAGUUCGGAUUCGCGCUCGAGUAGAACGGACGUACGCAGCUCUGUCGUCGCACAGAAACUGCGAUACGAAACAAGUUUGACAUUCUUUACUUCUUCGAAUCUUUAAUCGCAGUAAAGCAUCACGAUGAACUUGAGUGAACAAUUGAGAAAAACAUUAUUUUCGACAGUUUGGAAACAUUAAGAACAUUUUGUUGUGUAAUUUUGUGGAUUACCUUUUAUCUACUUGAUCUCAAAUAAACAAUAUAGUCCGCGUAGGUGUAACAAAUUGCAAGUGUAAUACUUAAUUAUUUUUGAACAAAGGACAAGGGCAGUUGAAGACUCUGGUUUAAAUAUCUUUUGUUUUUCUUGUUUAUGAGAACGUAAACUAGUAUCGUGUGAAAAAGAGACAAAAUGAGGGCCACGCGAGUAAGAGCGACAGGUGUGGCGGCUUUAGCGGUCUUCUUGGCAGUUAUAACAGGAUGUUCAUCGCAAAUCCUAAGGAUAUACCCGAUGCAGAAACAGCAGACAGUCGCUGUUGGCAAGUCCGUGGUGCUGACUUGCCAGGCUGAGACGCAGGACCCCGCACUUGUCACACAACCCCAGUGGAAAGACCCAAAAGGAUUUGUCAUCAAUGAAGCUGCGCCUGGCACCCGACCGGAGAUCUACACGGAAGCGAUGCCGGCUAAACAGUCGCAACUGCUCUACAUCUCGUCCAUCACUCAGGCCAUGGCAGGCAAUUACACUUGCGUUGCGACCUACACCAAUAUGCCGCUCAGCGCUAGCGUUGUCCUGGAUACUUUCGUUGCAAUCACCUGGGUAAAUGCAAAUGAAAAUCAAUUUGCAACCAAAGGCAAAGAUUUCAAAAUUAUGUGCGAAGUCACUGCCGAACCUGCACCAUCAGUCGAUUGGUUUAAAGAAGGAACCACUAUUGUUACAUCUGACAGGUAUGUGAUUCACGCUAACGGAUUGUUAAUUAAAAACGUCGAGGAAAGUGACGACGGUACAUACACUUGCCGUGCGGUUGUUAUACAAACCGGAGAACUCGCCGAAAGGAAUAUCAAAUUAGAGGUAUACACUGCUCCGGAAAUGGAAGAACGUGAACCAAGAGUCGAAAUAAAAGAAGGUGAAUCGGCAGCCAUUACAUGUAAGGCAAGGGGAAAACCUCCACCAACUUACAGUUGGAUAAAAGCAAACACACGAGAGAACCUGGCAACGACUUCUAGAUAUAGCGUAAACGAUAACACUGGUCUACUAACGAUCGACAGAGUCGAAGCGGGUGAUUACGGCAAAUACAUUUGUAGUGCUGUUAAUCAAGCAGGACAAAAUGAAACUGAAAUUGAAGUUGAAGUGUUGGUACCACCGAAAAUCUUUGAACUAUUCAAUACAACAGCAGCUGAAAAGACUGAUGGAAGAUUGGAGUGCAAGGCGACGGGUAGACCCGCGCCCCGAAUUAGUUUCCGCAAGCGUAGCAACAGUGAUCCAUUCUUAAAUGGACCUAAUGAGGAAGGACGGAUUAUUGUCGAGAGCAGUAGUCGACAAACUGGCGAUCAGAUGCAAUCCUCUGCGGUUAUUUCAAUCGCGAGAUUAAACAGAACUGACGAUGGCUUGUACGAAUGUAUUGCUGAAAAUGAAGGUGGAGAAGCAAGAAAGAAUGGUCAUCUGACUGUUCAGUUCAAACCAACAUUUGAGCACAUGUCAAACGUUCCAGUUUGGAGCUGGAAUAGCCAGCCAGUCAACAUUAGCUGCAUUGCAGAAAGUAUCCCCAAUGCUACCAUCAAGUGGAAGUUCCGUGAAUACGAUUUAAUUGAAUCCCCACAUGUCAAAAUUUAUGGCUCUGGACCUAUCAGUUACGUGACGGUCGUUCCAGUGGAUCGUAGUUUAUAUGGAGUAUACAAAUGCAUCGCAACUAACACACUCGGUGAAGCAGAACAUAUUAUGCAGUUGAGAGAAGCAUUCCCGCCUGGUCCAGUUUUACAGGUUAAACAAGACACAAUAACAGCCACAUCAGUAUCUUUUAACAUCGUUGGGCCAGCUGAAGACAUGGGACCACCUACAUUGGCGUUUACCACUCAGUAUAAGGAAAAUGGCAAUUUCGAUUGGAAUUUAGCCAUGAACAGGACAUGGUCCGUCAAUUCUCCUUAUAUUGUAGAGAAUUUAACGCCUAUGUUCACAUACGACUUUAGAUUUGCUGCUGUUAAUCAAGUAGGUGCAGGAUCGUGGGGUGCUCCCAUAACCGUUGUGAUGCCAAGAAGGUCCCCACCCGAACAACCGAAAUGGCGUGAAGCAAUCAGUUCGGAAUCAUUGAUACAUGGCAAAUUCGCUGACAGAUAUGAACUCCAAUGGAAAAUACCUGCUCAUAAUGGCGAACCGAUCGACAUGUACGAAGUUAACUAUUGCCCAGUAUUAAAAGUGAGCGGAGAAUGGCGAGUAGCCUCAGAAACACAAUGUAUGGUAGAAGAACUUAGAUCUUAUGAGGCGAUCAGUUACGAAGUUAGGGGACUGCAUCCCGAUACCCGCUAUAGAAUGCAAGUUCGCGCUCACAACGUGCUGGGUUACUCCCUGCCUGCCCAACUAUAUGUCCAGACUGCCCUCGGUGUGGAACGUUCUGGAUUUGCACCGCCGCAACUACUGUCAAGUGGAAUGAUUAUUGGAGUGGCGUUAGCUGGUGUGUUCAUCUGUCUGGUCAUUGUGGAUCUCUUGCUCUUCUGCUUUAGACGACAAGGAGUCAUUGCUACUAUUUGCGGCAAACGUGCCAAGAAGCACAAAGAGGAUGAAGCUAAGUUAGGAAGUCUGUACGGUUGGCGCUUCCCGCUCCCUUAUUGCAGUACGAAGCCGCGCGCGCCGCCCUCCCCCGCGCCCCUGCCGCCGCCCCUCAAGCUCGUACCGACACCGACAGACGAGAAGGAGCCACUAAAGGAUACGGGCGAUGAAUCAAUAAAGAGAAAUUCUUCAGUCGAAUUCGACGGCCGUCGCGUUUACGCUACAAGUGGAACAAUUAUUGGCAAGAAUUCAGCUGUCUAAAGCAAGAAUUCGUUAUACUAGCUUCUCGCCACAUGCAGUUUUAAUUAUAUUAUUUUGGAUGUUAUUGGAUGAGUAAAGCUUGUGUGAUUGUGAUUGCAAAAAAUAUAUCGAAACUGCCAAGAGACGAAUUAACGUUUUUAAAUUUUAAAUACUUAAAUAAGUGUGUAACCAGCUUUACUAUCUCCUUAUUUUUAUCCUAAGGUGAGGCUCAACCUUAAUAGGUUAUACUUAACAGUAAAAAAAUAUUUAAACAAAUUAAACAUAAAGACCCGUAGCUUCGCAUCUAAAGAGCCGCAUGUGGCUCGCGAACCGCGACCCCUACCCUAAGACUAUGUUCAUACCAAACGUAUUCUCAACUAGGUUCACUGUGAGCUCCGAUGUGUAUGUAAAACUAUACUUUGGCCAUUUUUCCACACCAAUUCGAAAUUUUUUAAACACUACAAACCAUUGUACGCCGCCGGAUCGCAGUCACGUGUUGAUGCGUUUGGUUUGAAUGCGAUUUUAAUUAAUUAGUUUGUAAGAUCUCUAUACAAGUCUAUAAUACACCUCGCUACAUCAGGUACAAAGCGUGCCUUCUAGUGUAUCCUGAUACUUCUAAUGAGGGUAUUUAAUAUAAGUAAUGUAAAUAGUAUUUUAACGUGUAGGUUCUCUAGAAAUGUCACAAACAUCAUGCGUUUACCUCUUCACACUCUUAUGAUUGUUGUGUAGUUACACAAAAAUAAUAGCAUUUCUUUGCUCUUUGUUGUGUCAUUUUA